AUGGUUGACGGUAAUAUUUAUUUUGUUGCUGGGUCUGAAAGAAAUAUUUCUUUUAUUGUAUCAACUGGCUCUAAUAUACAAUUUGGGAAUACAAAUAUAAUGAAUUUACCCAAUUCGACGGAAGUUGCUGCAGUACGUAAUUUACUUUUAAAUGCUCAAGAACGUAUGCUUGGAUUCGAGAAUACUUUACAAACAUCUAAUUUAGAGUGGCAAAAUAAAAUGAAUGAAAUACUUCAAAAGCAUUCAUUAUUAACCAAACAAAUUUCGGCACAAGUAAAUGACACUUAUCAAAGGGCUCGGACCAACAGACGGGCUCGUUUACUUAUUUUAAAGCUUACAAAGCAAAUAGAACGUCUUUUCAAACUUAUGGCUACAGAUGAAUGUUUAAUAGGUGGUGCUGAUAAUUGUAAAAAUGGAGGUGGAAAGCAUUGUGAAAUACGUGUUGAUGAAUGUGCCAUGUACACCGAGACAGCAAUUGGCUGUCAAAACGGUGCGAAAUGUACCAACAAUCCUAAAAUAUCCGGAUUUACUUGUAAUUGUACAUCUGGAUGGCAUGGACUUCUUUGUGAACAUAAAGAAAAUACUUGUGAUGGUGCCGAUGAUAUUUGUGGCACUAAUGGGCAUUGUAUUCCGAGUCGGAGCAGGAAUGGUUUACAUUGUUUGGAUUUUGAUGAAUGUGCAAAUGAUUUAACAAACGAAUGUUCUAAACAACCACCAGUUGAAUGUAUAAAUAUUCAUGGAAGUUAUAAAUGUGGAGAAUGCCCAACUGGAUAUUUGUCAAAAGGAGAGAAACAAGGCCAAAUUUGUCAAAAAAUUGAUAUUUGCAAUAAUCCCCCAUUAAUUAAUGGAGGGUGCUCUCCAUUAGCUAAAUGUGUUAAUGAACCUGAAUUUCGUUGUAUUUGCCCUAUGGGAAUGAUUGGAAAUGGAAUUGGGCCAGAUGGUUGUGAAAAUCCAAAAAUAAAUGGAACUGAUGAGGAGAAUUUGUGUUUAGAAAAUAAUAAAUAUUGUUUAAAUGGAGGGACUUGUCAAGCAAUUUCUUCAACAAAAUUUAGGUGUUUAUGUCCAGAAACACAUUAUGGGGUUCAUUGUGAACACCCAAACCCUUGUCUUUCACGACAAUUUUGUUCUGGCCAUGGACGGUGUCAAAAAGAUCCUUUGGGGUGUAUUUGCUUUAAAGGCUUUUAUGGGCCACGUUGUCAAUUUCAGGAAGAUGGAUGUGGUUUUCAUACUUCGAAUGAGACGGGAGAAUUAAUUUAUGAACGGACUGCCCCUAGUCCAUUGUUCGAUAGAUGGACUUGUACUUGGCAUAUAGAAAUGUUUGACACUAGAAAAGUAAUUAGUAAUUCUUUAAAUUUUAAAAUUGUUGUUGUUAUCAUAGAGACAAUAAACCAAACAAUUAAAAAAUAUAUACUAAAAAAUUAUUUCAUUACUCAGGUUUUACAAAUAAACUUUCUCAAUCUGACAGCUCCUCAUUUAUUUGAAGUUACAUCAAAGGGAUGUGAAAACGCUUUUGUUACCUUAACUAUUUUUGAUGGCGCUGAUCCAUUACAAAGCCCUACACUUGCUUCUACACAAAUUGUAAAUAUGUGUCAUGGAGAGGAUUUUGAAACGCCCUUUAAACACCCACUUUUUACUUCAACUAAUAAAGCAGUUAUUCGUUUAAGCAGUCGAAUUCAAGGUCGAAGUACUUUUUUACAUCUAAAUUGGACAGCUAAAAAGCCAAGCUGUGGGGGCAGGUUUUCCAGUCCUAAUGGGGGAAGGAUUGACUAUUAUUUAGAAGAUUCUAGACGAGAUGAGGAGGAAUUGGGGGAUAAAGCCUGUAUUUGGUAA